GUUGUGCGCAUGCGCAAUUAAGCUAAGCACAUGUAGUGUUGAAGCUGAAAAGCCUAAGUAGUGUUUACGUUUGUGUGUAAGAUUAAGAGUGAUCGUUUGAUCUGAGGGAAUGGCUGAAGUUGGCAGUGAAGUUCCAGGAGAGGGACCAAAGCUAAGCAAGACUGCUCUCAAGCGUCAGUUGAAAGCCGACAAGAAGCAGAAGGAGAAAGAAGCCAAAGAAGCACAACAGCCGGCAACUACAACUUCAAAGAAGCCGGCUACAGAAGAGCAGAUCGAUCCUAAUCAAUACUUCAAGCUCCGGUCGACAGCCAUCCUCAGUCAGAAACAGACCGGCCCUACUCCGUACCCCCACAAGUUCGUCGUGACCAUAUCUCUCUCGGACUUUAUAGCCAAAUAUGAUGGACUGGAGGCGGGUGAACGCAAGCCAGACGAUGUGAGUGUGGCAGGGAGGGUUCACGCUAAGAGGGCGGCCAGUGCCAAACUCAUCUUCUAUGACCUCAGAGGAGAGAGUGUUAAGAUUCAGAUCAUGGCGGACGCAAGAGAGUCUGAACAGAAUUUUGAGGAGAUUCAUGACCGACUGAAGAGAGGGGACAUUGUUGGAGUCACUGGCAAACCAGCCAAGACAAAGAAAGGAGAGCUAAGCAUCAUUCCCUCGUCAAUGACCUUGCUCUCUCCCUGUCUCCACAUGAUGCCACACCUCCACUUUGGACUCAAGGACAAAGAGACACGUUACAGACAGCGCUAUCUUGACCUUAUCAUCAACCAACAUGUACGAGACAAGUUCGUCACAAGAGCCAAGAUCAUUACGUACAUACGUCGUUUCUUUGACACUAUGGGUUUCUUGGAGAUAGAGACUCCUCUCAUGAAUAUGGUGUCAGGGGGAGCUUCUGCAAAACCCUUCAUUACCCACCAUAACGACUUGAACCUUGACCUCUUCAUGAGGGUGGCCCCUGAGCUUUACCACAAGAUGCUCAUUGUGGGGGGUAUUGAUCGAGUAUACGAGAUAGGGAGACAGUUCAGGAACGAGGGCAUUGACCUAACCCACAACCCCGAGUUCACCACCUGUGAGUUCUACAUGGCCUACGCUGAUUACAAUGACCUCAUGAAGAUCACAGAGGAGCUGUUAGCAGGCAUGGUACACGAGAUCACGGGAGGUUACAAGGUGGCAUACCACCCGGUGGAGGAUGACCCAGAGCGAGUGUUUGAGGUGGAUUGGAGUCCGCCCUUCAAGAGAGUGUACAUGAUACCAGAGCUGGAGAAGGCUCUCAAUGUUACCUUCCCUCCAGCCAGUGACUUCGCCAAACCAGAAUUUACCAAGUUCCUCAAUGACGUUUGUGUCAAGAACAACGUGGACUGUAGCCCACCGCGAACUGCUUCUAGGUUACUUGACAAGCUUGUUGGCGACUAUAUAGAGGUGAACUGUGUCAACCCGACCUUCAUCUGCGAGCAUCCUGAGAUCAUGAGCCCUCUGGCCAAAUGGCAUCGCAAGAUCCCUGGGCUGACAGAGAGAUUCGAACUGUUUGUGUGUCAGAAGGAGAUAGUGAAUGCGUACACUGAACUAAACGACCCGAUGGUCCAGAGGGAGCGGUUCCAACAGCAGGCCAACGACAAGGCAGCUGGCGACGACGAAGCUCAAAUGGUGGACGAGAAUUUCUGCACCGCGCUAGAGUACGGGCUGCCCCCUACUGGGGGUUGGGGCAUGGGAAUCGACAGACUCUCCAUGUUCCUCACUGACUCAGCUAAUAUAAAGGAGGUAUUGUUCUUCCCAGCCAUGAAACCAGAGAUUGGCAAGCCAGCUGAUGGCGUUGAGACAACUGGGAAAGACUAGCCUACCAAGAGAUGUACUCUAUAGGGUGAAAAUUUUGAAUAUUUGAACUGAUUGUAUUUAUGUAAAUCAUUGUGAGAAUAAUAAUUAUGGCCAGUGUGUUGCUGA